AUGUGUUGGGUAAAUUGUAAUAAACCAUCUCAAUUAUUUCCUCACUGUUUGCAGGGCUUGCUUGGACUGAUCAGAAAAUUCAAAAAUCAGCCAGGGAAAGAAUUCAGGAUAUUGUUGCUUGGCUUGGACAAUGCCGGUAAAACGACAAUAUUAAAGAAUUUAGCUUCGGAAGAUAUAAAACACAUUACACCUACGCAGGGGUUCAAUAUUAAAAGCGUAGUGUCAGAUGACGUGAAAUUGAACGUAUGGGAUAUUGGAGGACAACGAAAGAUUCGUCCAUACUGGAAAAAUUAUUUCGAAAAUACCGAUAUUUUGAUAUAUGUAAUUGACAGUUGUGAUCGUAAACGAUUUGAUGAAACAGGCAUGGAACUCUUUGAACUUCUGGAUGAAGAGAAACUCAAAAAUGUCCCGCUACUGGUUUAUGCUAAUAAACAAGAUUUGGCGACAGCAGCCAAAGCAAAUGAAAUAGCAGAGGGUUUACAUCUGUUAUCAAUCCGUGACAGGUCUUGGCAGAUUCAGGCAUGUUCUGCUGUUACUGGUGAGGGUAUCAAGGAUGGGAUGGAUUGGAUCUCAAAGAAUUUACGACAACAACAGAAAAAGCCGAAAUAG